UUCUUACUAUUUUUCCCCCUGAGCCCAAAGUUUGAUGCCGCAGCUUUCCUUCUGUUUCGUUAUAGUACGCUGAGAGUGAAGAUGGCGGCCGGCUCGAAACGCAGUCCGCCUCCUUUUCCCGACUCAGAGGAUCAGGACCCGGAGCCUGAGUUAGACGAGGAUGAAGACAGCGAUGAAGGAGCGGACAUUUUCACAGGCAGCGUUCUGUCUCACACACCAGUGGAUCCUCUUGUUCACGUGAGCACCAGCGAGCCUCCUAAAGAUGUUUUCAGCGAAGCCCUAGAAGAUCCCUUAAAAGACUGGAACAAGCAGAACAGCAAGCCUGAGCAGUCAGCGAGUGAUGUUAAAGGUGCGGAGGUCAACCUGUUUGCUGAUCCUUUAGGUGAUUUUGGAUCUCAAGAGGUGCCUGAUAAAAACAGCGCACCUUUACCGAACCUCAGUGAAGCACCUCCAAAGAGCACCAUUGCCAAGAGUUCAGCAGCACAAGGUGGUCCUAAUAGUGAGGUAUUUGGUGCAUCUCAGAAUGACAUCAAAAGAUCGGAGGACAUUUUUGAAGAGCCACCAAAAGAUGGUACAUAUAAAACAUCACCCAAACCUGUAGGUGGUGCUUCAGCCAUUAAGAAAGAACCGAACACCGACCUGUUUGGAGACGAUGAUGAUGAUGGCGACCUGUUUGAGGAACCUCUGCAAGCUGCGGUGAAGAAACCUAAUGCAAAGGAAACCAGUAAAGGCCGUUCUGACCAGUCUAACAAUGCCAAUACUGACCUUUUUACUGAGGAGGUCAUCAAAGUCCCACCACCUGGUUCUGCUGCUGCCGCUAAACCUGGCACAGACUCCGGGUCCAAAACAAAUGGACUACACUCAGAUGAGGAUGAUCUGUUUACAGAGGCCACUGUUGAGCUGUCUCUGGACAGUCCUUGUAAUGACCGCAGGAAGAGAGAUACAUCGAAGGCCUCAGCACCAGUUUCCUCUCUCUUGGCUUCAGCGAGUGUCCCAAAACCUCAAACUAAAACACUAGAAGAGCUGGAGGAGGAGGAGGAGAAGGAGGACAAAUUUGAUUUGAACAUUUCAGUUACAAACCCAGAGAAAGUGGGUGAUGGUAUGAAUGCAUACAUGGCCUACAGAGUCUCUACACAGACGACGUUGCCCAUGUUCCGCACUAAGCAGUUCACAGUGCGCAGGCGCUUCAGUGAUUUUCUGGGUCUCUAUGAGAAACUCUCAGAAAAACAUUCACAGAAUGGACACAUCGUGCCUCCGCCACCAGAAAAGAGCAUUCUGGGAAUGACCAAAGUGAAGGUGGGAAAAGAAGACCAGUCGUCGGCUGAGUUUGUUGAAAGGAGGAGAGCUGCUCUAGAAAGGUACCUCCAGAGACUUGUGUCUCACCCAUCUCUGCUGCAAGACCCAGAUGUGAGAGAGUUUUUAGAGAAAGAGGAGUUACCCAGGGCAUUUAGUACCCAGGCACUGAGUGGAGCUGGAUUCCUUAAGAUGAUCAACAAGGCCACUGACGCCGUCAGCAAGAUGACCAUUAAAAUGAACGAAUCAGACGCUUGGUUUGAAGACAAGCUGCAGGAGGUGGAGAAUGAGGACCAACAGCUGAGGAAGCUGCACAUCAUGGUGGAGAACCUUGUUAACCACAGAAAGGAAUUGUCUAUGAAUACAGCAGUGUUUGCAAAAAGCGUGGCAAUGCUAGGCAGUUCAGAGGAUAACACUGCACUCUCCCGAGCCCUCUCCCAGCUAGCUGAAGUGGAGGACCGCAUUGAACAGCUUCAUCAGGACCAGGCUUCCAAUGACUUCUUCACCUUUGCCGAGCUUCUUGCCGACUACAUCCGCUUGCUUGGAGCAGUCAGGGCCUGCUUUGAUCAACGGAUGAAGGCAUGGCAGCGCUGGCAGGAUGCUGAGAACAUGCUUCAGAAGAAACGAGAGACUGAGGCCAAGCUGCUGUGGGCUAACAAACCAGACAAACUUCAGCAAGCCAAGGAUGAGAUCACUGAGUGGGAGUCUAAGGUCAGUCAGUAUGAGAGGGACUUUGAGAGAGUAUCUGCCACCGUACGAAAGGAAGUCCUCAGGUUUGAGAAAGAGAAGGCUCGGGAUUUCAAGAAACAAGUUGUCAGAUAUCUAGAGUCUCUGUUAAAUUCACAGCAACAGCUGAUCAAGUACUGGGAGGCAUUCUUGCCAGAGGCAAAAGCAAUUGCAUGAUGGUGGUGUACAAAUACACACACACACACACACACACACACACACACACAUGCAUACACAGGCCUGCUUAAGACUGAGUCUGCCUUUUCUAUACACUUUACCUCUUGCCUAUAAACCAAGAGAUGUAAUGCAAAGGGAAAGAGAGAAGCAAUCAGUAUAUUUUCUUUUUUCAUUAAUCAACAGAAGCUUAUACUCUUUGAUUUAACUAUUCUGUUCAAUUUUGUAUUCUUUUUUUCCAUGCAACAGCCGUCUUUUCUUAUUCGCUGAGCUAGUUUUAGGAUGUGUGGAUGCACGGUGAUGGGACAGGGGCAGACUGACGUUUAUUUUGUGCAACAAAAAAAAGUAUAGAUAGUGUUCAGAAAUAGGUGCCAUUAGUGUGAAUAGUGUUCACACCACCUAUGUGAAGAUGAGGUCAUGUUGGACACUGAGAUUUAGCACAUCAGCAGUGCUAAUAGUUUACAAUAGUGGGCCCUCCUCCUCCUCCAAACAUAAGAUAUCACUUUCUCCGCUCCCUCAAGUUUGGAUUGUCUUCUGUCCAAGCUCUCCCUCCCUCUGCACCUGCUCCUUCUCUAUUCCACUCUCUCUUGUGCACGGUGAACUCAGGCUAGUCCUAGAUGUGUACCGAUGACUAAGUGGAGCUUGUUUCAAGUAUGGAAACUGGAGCAUUGAGAGUUUCUGCUCCGUGUUCAUUGUUUAGAUUGAAAUAAUUCAACAUCUUAACUGCAUACUGGAUGAGUUAGGGAAGCUCCAUUGUUUAAUGGUACAAGAAAUAGUGAGCUUAAAACAAUACAUUUUAACCAACAUAUGCAUCCAUGAAAAGCUAGAUGCAGAAUGAUUCAUUUCUUUGGUGGUGAUUGUCAUUUGGAGGUAGAGGUGCAACACUGGUUGAUGCACCUUCGUCAAAGGUGAAUGGAGACAAAAGACCGUAGCAGGCACUUUUUUUGUUAAUUUACAUGGAUUCAGUUUUUUUUUUUUUCAGGCAAUAAAACAACGUACUGAAAUCCUACGUCCAUAUCCGAUGGCUCUUACCUGUUCACACAGGCCACAUUCCGCACUUUGGCCACACUUGGAAGUAGAGAGGUCAUGUGUUUGUCUUUAAAAGAAGUUCAGAAAGAAAUUGCAUUUAUAUAUUGUGUAAUUAAAUACAGACUGGUUAAGCACUUACUCUGCCAACCAAUGUUACUCUAAAAACGUUGCCUGUGAGUCAUUCUUUAAGUGUGUUUUUCUAAAGUGGUGUCUGUUUUGUGCUACACGUUAUAUGUCAGAGCCAAUCUUAGCCCUGAAAUCAACAGCAUUAAGGCAGUGUUACCAUACAAUGAUUUUGUUCGAACAUAUAUACACACACACCCCUCUUAACAUUUAAAAUUUUUUGUAUAGUUUAAUCCAUCAUGCACUUAUAACGUUAGGUUUUUUUUUUUCCUACCAAAAGUGAUAAUCAUGUUAUGUGAUUUGGUCGAAUAAAUAUCUUUGUGGUGGUUGACAGUCAGUUUUUCUCCGAUAUGCUGCUGAGCUAACAGAGGAUGUUGUAUUUGAUAAGGAUUAUCUGCAUAUCAUUCCACCCUUUAAUAAAUAAUAAAGGCAGUUGGGAUUUGUCUUUUUUUCCCCUUUCGGAUUGUAAUGUCUGACAUGCAGGCAGGACCCUGCGAGUGAGAAUCAAACGGUCGUGCUUGCUUGUCUGACGCAUUAGUCUUUUGAACUGCCAUAAAUGUUUGUAAAGGUUUAUUUGUUAGUCUGUAUUUUUUUAAUCUUUCAGUCAAGCCGGUAGAUAUUGCUUAUGCACACCUUCUGUUCAUAAACACAAUAAAGAUAGUUUUAAAGAAUAA